AUGCUUGCGCUGGCGGCUCACAUUGCGCUGUCGUAUUGCACUCUCCUCCCCUUCCUCGGCUUCUUCAUCCGGCUCACGAAGAGCAUCAUCCUCAACGACGCGCUCACUCUCUUUUAUGCAAUCGUGUACUGGGCUCCCUUCUCGUUCGUCAUGAACGUCUACGCGCGCCUCUUCCUCUCACGCAAGGUUGCAACCUUCCGCAGCACCCGCCCCUCCUUCCUCAAGAAGGGCGCCUACGAGUACUCCGCCGCGACCGACAUCUUCUACUCCAAAGAUUACUCCAACCUGGACGACUCGCUCGAAGAGUGGGGAGCUGUCGAGUACCUGCCCUUCGUGUACAACGCGGUCCUCAACAAGUACAACACCCGACUCAACUUUAAGCAGGACCUGCACGGGCCGCUGCUCGAUCUUGUCGCCCACUCGACCGAUGACGAGUUCCGCGUUCUCGACAUCGGACCUGGGACGGGCAACUCUACGAUGGACAUCUCGUCCGCUCUGCGCAAUGCCUGCGUCUGCUGCCUUGACAUCUCUGAGCGUCUGCUCAAGAUGUGCAAGGAGCGCAAUCCACACGCGUACUGCUUCAAGGGCUCAAUGGAAGACACGCUCUUCGAGGAUGGCUCCUUCGAUGUCGUCUAUAACUUUGGUGGCAUCAACGAGACCGACAUCGACAAGUCGCUCGCUGAGACGUGGCGUAUCGCCAAGCCUGACUCAUUAAUCGUCCUCGCCGACGAGAAUUUCGACGCGACCUCGAGGCUGAGGAAGCUGUGGGUGGUGUUCAUCUCCAACCUAACCUUCAUCCACAGCUACUAUUGGGACAUGACCGCAUCGCGCCCGCCCAAGCAGCCCUUCCCCAAGAUUCGCCGUUGGCUAGACUCGCAUGCGGGCGAGUACGAGGUGCUCUACGACGGAGUCAAGCCCGGCCUCUUCUUCACAAUGGUCAUCCGCAAGACCUCAGCUAAGACCCGCGAGCGGGGUCCCCAGCCUGCCAUCCCCGUCUUCCGCCUUGUUGACUCCGGUACUGUGAUGGGCAAGGCGUCGGCACGCAAGGCGGCAUGA